CUCUCCCUUCAAAGCUUUUUAACAGCUCGUCUUCCUAAACCCUAGUCUUAAACCCUCCUAGUGUUACCGACGGCAGACUCAUUCAUGGCCUCCAACGCCCUGCUUCGGUCUCUUAGCCGACGGGAGUUUCGCUCGGCUUCUCGAACUGCUUAUAACUCCUUAACCGGAAAUGCAAAGGCAUCCUUGGCCGCAUCCCCUUUGGUUAAUAAAUGGACAUACUUGGCACGGGCGUUUAGUUCAAGGCCUGCUGGCAAUGAUGUUAUUGGUAUCGAUUUGGGAACCACCAAUUCUUGUGUGUCAGUGAUGGAGGGAAAGAAUCCUAAAGUUAUUGAGAAUGCUGAAGGAGCUCGGACAACACCUUCGAUAGUUGCUUUUAGUCCGAAGGGGGAGCUAAUGGUGGGAACCCCUGCCAAACGUCAGGCUGUGACUAAUCCUACAAAUACAGUUUUUGGGACCAAACGUCUGAUUGGAAGACGCUUUGAUGAUUCCCAGACUCAGAAGGAAAUGAAGAUGGUUCCAUUUAAGAUUGUCAAAGCUCCCAAUGGUGAUGCGUGGGUUGAAUCGAAUGGACAAACAUAUUCCCCGAGCCAGAUUGGGGCUUUCGUUCUCACCAAAAUGAAAGAAACUGCAGAGGCAUACUUAGGGAAGACUGUAUCUAAAGCUGUGGUCACUGUUCCUGCUUAUUUUAAUGAUGCACAGCGUCAAGCAACAAAAGAUGCUGGGCGAAUUGCUGGCCUUGAUGUUCAGAGGAUUAUAAAUGAACCAACUGCUGCUGCAUUGUCUUAUGGGUUAAAUAAUAAAGAAGGUAUCAUAGCAGUGUUUGAUCUCGGGGGCGGAACUUUUGACGUUUCUAUAUUAGAAAUUUCAAGUGGUGUGUUUGAGGUCAAAGCAACAAAUGGAGACACCUUUUUGGGAGGGGAGGACUUUGACAAUGCGCUUCUGGAAUUCUUGGUGAGUGAAUUUAAGACGGCUGAGAAAAUUGAUCUUACAAAAGACAGACUUGCUCUUCAGAGGCUUCGGGAAGCAGCUGAGAAGGCUAAAAUAGAGCUCUCGUCUACAUCCCAGACUGAUAUCAACUUACCAUUCAUAACUGCCGAUGCUUCUGGAGCAAAGCAUUUAAAUAUCACUCUAACUAGAUCAAAGUUUGAGGGUUUGGUGAACCGCUUGAUUGAAAGGACAAGGGACCCAUGUAAAAACUGUUUGAAGGAUGCUGGGAUAUCAGUUAAAGAUGUGGAUGAAGUUCUUCUUGUUGGAGGAAUGACCCGUGUUCCCAAAGUGCAGGAGAUAGUUGCUCAAAUUUUUGGCAAGAGCCCAAGCAAAGGGGUUAAUCCUGAUGAAGCUGUUUCAAUGGGAGCUGCAAUUCAAGGUGGAAUCCUUCGUGGAGAUGUGAAGGAUCUACUUUUGCUGGAUGUUACACCUUUAUCACUGGGUCUUGAAACUCUUGGUGGAAUUUUUACGAGGUUGAUCAGCAGAAACACAACCAUCCCUACAAAGAAAUCACAGGUGUUCUCUACAGCAGCUGACCGCCAGACUCAGGUGGGAAUUAAGGUGCUUCAAGGUGAGCGUGAAAUGGCAGUUGACAACAAGCUUUUGGGUGAGUUCGAGCUUGUUGGUAUACCCCCUGCACCUAGAGGGAUGCCACAGAUUGAAGUGACAUUCGAUAUUGAUGCCAAUGGAAUAGUCACUGUAUCUGCCAAGGAUAAGGCAACAGGAAAAGAGCAGCAGAUUACAAUUCGAUCCUCUGGAGGGCUUUCCGAAAGUGAGAUUGAGAAGAUGGUGAAUGAGGCUGAGAUUCAUGCUCAGAAGGACCAGGAGAGGAAGGCUUUGAUUGACUUGAAAAAUAGUUCUGACACAACCAUAUACAGCAUUGAAAAGAGCUUGGCCGAGUACAGAGACAAGAUUCCUUCUGAGGUUGCACAAGAGAUAGAGUCCACGGUUGCAGAUCUAAGGAACGCAUUGACCGGUGAAGAUAUCAAUGACAUCAAGGCAAAGCUCGAUGCUGCCAACAAGGCUGUUUCAAAGAUUGGAGAGCACAUGACUAAAACUUCUGGUGGCUCUUCCUCUGGAGGACCUGGAGGUAGCGACGGCUCGUCCUCUGGAGGAUCUGAAGGUAGCGACCAGGCCCCAGAAGCUGAAUAUGAGGAGGCGGCAAGGAAAUAGGGGCGUAGUCAGUUUCCAAUGUACUUUUAACAUAUUAAACAUUCAUUGAACGUUCCAAAUUCAUUGUCUUUUGCAGUCUGUAUCUGUUCUAGAUACAACUUUACUUGAUUCUUUCGCCGAAGACAAUUUUUGGAACAAACCAUGCAUAAAAUUUAUCUUCCAAUUUGAUUGGAGGGAGAUCCAGUUUUGUUGCACCAUUUUA